CUGGCGAGCCCGGGAAGUCGGAAUUAGAAUUAGGGGGCGGGAAUAGCUAUGGGAGGAGGGGGGGCGAGCAGAGAGAGGGUGCCGGGGGGAGGGGCGUGGGCGAGCGCGGGUUGGCGUGGAGUACCGGUAGUACCGGUAUCUGUCUCGUCCUGUGCUUGCCUAUUCGUACAUCACACCACCUAUCUGUAUCUGUCAGGCGAUACUGACGGUGAGUCGUCGGCGGAUGACAGGGGGGGGAGAAGAAAUGAUAACUGCAAAGGGAGAAGAAUCCCUUAACCUGCCCCUCCCCUUCCGAGGAGACCAAUCCGAUCCAAGAGACCGAUCUGUCGGGCGGGUGGUCGGGGGCGAAGGGCCGAAAAACGAAAAACGAAACAUGGAAAGGAAGAAAAAAGAAAAAGAAAAGAGAAGAAAAAGAAAGUACAGUUCUUUGUCACUGGAGAUAAAGAUAAAACCCAUCCCCCCUUGGCUUCCCCCCUCCCCCCCCCUUGCCCUUCGCCACGCACAUGCAUAUGGAGAUCUGGGAUCAAUUUGCUUUCUCAAAACGUUCCUUAUUAAUGCGGUUGGUGUGCCAAGACGGAGGUUGCUCGUUGGUUCACCGCGCACGAGAAACAAGACACACACGCGCACGCGCGCACACACACACACACACACACACACACACCCUCUUCCUCGAGCGUUUCUUCUACGCGACCUUCUAGAAUAAGGGGAGGUGUGGCAAAGGGGCAAAAGCAAGGUGCCGAAUACCUGGGAAACCCGGCUUCGGGGGAAAGGGGGUGGAGGACAAUGCCGUUCCAAAGCUUGGGACGUCUCCCCGCCCUGGUGCUGACAUGCGUCCGGUUGUAACGUUGGA